GGAAGUAAAACUGAUGGCGAUUAUCCAUCUGAUUCUGAGCCUUACAUUGGCCAAAUAUCGACAACUAAUAUCCUUCCUGAAUUACCAGAACAAUCUUUACAUUCUGUUGCCAACAUCUAUUCUUCUGGACGUUCAGAUGAAAUUCCGCCAAAACAAUUUCCAGAACACCCCAAAUUUGAAGAGAUUUUUAUUGCAAAUAUUUUUGAGACAAAGCACCAUUCUGAGCUUCAAACCAAGCCAUUGGAUAUACAAAAUAAACAUGUUGGUUACUAUGAAAAAUUGCUGAUUACCGACGGGGAGGAGAAGAAACCUGGUGCAUUGGAGAAGCUAUCUCUUCUUUUUAAAGGUCCAGAGACUCGAGAUAAUUAUCCACAGAUCACUGAGCCUUACGCAGGACAGAUUGCAAGUACCUCUAUCAUGAAAGAAGUGCCAGUGGAACCAAUUCAUUCAUUUGUCAGUACCUACUCCUCUGGACGGUCGGAUGAUGUCUCAACAAAAAUGCCAGAAUAUCCAAAAAUUGAAGUUCCGUUUAUUGGACAUGUUCACGAGUCAUUUAAACGGAGUGAUUUACAUUCAGUUCCUCUAGAAGUUGAAAAAAGACAUGUUGGUUAUUAUGAACAAUUACCCACUCCAAAAGUAGAACCCUCUGAACGGUCUACUGAAACUUCAACAACAAAAAUUGAAGAACAAUUUAUUGGACAUGUCCCAGAGACAUUGAAACAUUACGACAUCCAUCCUGCUCAAUUUGAAGUUGAAAAUAAAUAUAUUGGAUAUUACGAACAUCAGCCAUCCUCAACAACUAUCAAAGAAGAAAACAAGCCUGGAGCUUUAGAAAAGCUAUCAAAAUUCUUCAAAGGAAGUAAGACAGUAGGAGACUUCCCUGUUGAUUCAGAGCCUUAUUCUGGCCCCAUCGCUUUGACUAACACCGUUCACGAUUUAACAACGGAACCAAUCCAUUCGAUGGUCAGUAUCUACUCUUCAGGACGUUCUGAUGAAGAACAAGCAAAAAAACAUUCGGAAUUUCCAGUUAAUGAAGCUCCCUUUGUUGAUUUUGUCCCAGAGUCAAAACUUCAGUCUGGGAUGGAACAUAUACCUCUGGAUUUGGAAAAGAAGCAUGUUGGCUAUUAUGAACAUUUGCCUAUAACAACAGAAUAUCCAAAAAUUGAACAACCAUUUAUUGGUCACAUCCAUGAGAAGAAUCUUCAGCCUGAAUUGGGUGCAUUACCCCUCGAUGUAGAAAAGAAGCAUAUAGGCUACUAUGAACAUUUGCCUUCAGUAACUACGGAAGAGGGGAAGAAGGCUGGGUUGCUGGAUAAAAUAACCCACCUUUUCAAGGAGGAUGUGAAGAAUAGUGAUUAUCCUCAAGUUACUGGUAUGAAUGUAGAAUCAUUAGACUUUUCAAAUCCUCCUUUUUUAGCUCCAUUCUCUGGACAUGUAUUCGAAAUUAAUCGUCCCACUGAACUCUAUGAAUCUCAGAUAAAACAGCAUGUUAAUGUUUACUCUUCCGGACGUUCGGAUGAGAUUCCAACAACAAAACUGAUAGAAUAUCCAAUUGUUGAAGUCCCUUUCAAUGGCAUUAUAUCUGAUACAAACAAACAUUCCGAGUUGAAUAUUUUACCUCUGGAAGUUGAAAAGAGGCAUAUUGGUUAUUAUGAAGAUCUACCUUCAUUAAAAUCUGAAGAGGAGAAGGAACAAAAGCUUGGGGCAUUAGAGAAGCUUACUCAGUUAUUCAAAGGCAGCAAAGCUGCUGAUGAGUUUCCAUUCGACUCGGAGCCGUAUAAUGGGAAAUUAACAAGCACUGGCAUAGUUCAUGAGUUAACAACAGAACCAAUCCAUUCAAUGGUCAGUAUCUACUCCUCAGGACGUUCAGAUGAGGAUCCAACAAAAAAGAUGUCAGAAUUCCCCAUUAAUGAAGCUCCAUUUGUUGAUUAUGUCCCAGAGUCCAGGUUUCAAUCUGGAAUGGAACAUACACCUUUGGACCUGGAAAAGAAACAUGUUGGUUACUAUGAGCAGCUACACUCAACAUCAUCAAAAAUAACAGAAUAUCCAAUAAACAAAGAGCCUUAUCUUGGUUACAUUCCGGAUUCAAGGCGUCAAAAUGAAUUGAAUGAAGUACCUCUGGAAUUGGAGAAAAAACAUGUUGGUUACUAUGAACAUUUACCUUCUACAACAACAGAUGAGGAUGAAAAGAAGCCUGGAGGAGCAUUAGAAAAGUUGACACACUUCUUUAAAGGAAGCAAAAAUUUAGAAGAAUAUCCAUCAGAUGCCGACAAAUAUACAGGACCUUUGGCUAGUAUUAAUCCUCUCCCUGAGGCAACAAAUGAACCAAUCCAUUCUUUUGUCAGCAUUUAUUCUUCUGGACGUUCUGAUGAAGCUCCAACAACUAAAUUAACAGAAUUUCCCGUUAAUGAAUCUAUAUUCACUGGCAAUGUUUCUGAAUCGCAUCGACGCUUGGAACUUAUUCCAAUGCCCUUAGAAGUCGAACAACUUCAUCUAGGGUAUUACGAUCAUUUGCCUUCAACAAGUAAUGAAGUAAAGAAGCCUGGCGCACUAGAAAAAUUAACACAUCUCUUCAAGAGAUCCAAAGCAGAGGGAGAUUACCCAGUUGAUACUGAGCCUUAUACUGGACAAUUUGCGUCAUUAAAUAAAAUUUCUGAAGCAAGAGAAGAGCCAAUCCAUUCAUUAGUUAGUGUCUACUCGUCUGGGAAAUAUGACGAAAUUCCAACAACAAAAAUGAAUGAAUAUCCUUCAAAUGAAGCUCCGUAUAUUGGCAAUGUUCCUGAGUCUAGGAUAGUGCCGGACUUGGAAAGAAUACCAUUAGAGGUUGAAAAACAGUUUGACUUGCCUAGAGAGCUUCCAACAGAAUUAACAGAGUAUCCCAACUUUGAGGAAAUAUUUAUUGGCCAUAUUCAUGAGUUACAAAGAAAUGAGGUAGAAAAUGUGCCAUUGGAAGUUGAGAAGAAACACAUUGGAUUUUAUGAAGGGACCCCUUCAACAUCAAUUGAAGAGAAAAAGCAUGGAACUCUAGAAAAACUAACAAGAAUUUUUAAAGGAAGCAAGAAAAGCGAAGAAUUUCCUGUUGAUUCUGAACCAUUUGCAGGCUUAAUUCCCACUACUAGUGCCAUGCCUGAAGCUCAAACAGAACCAAUUCAUUCUUUUGUUAGUGUCUACUCUUCUGGACAUUCUGAUGAACAACCAUUAACAAAACCGACAGAAUAUCCACAAAUUGAAGAGCCAUUUACUGGCCAUAUCACAGAGUCAAUAAAAGAGGCUGAAUUAAGUGUACAACCUUUGGAGCUCGAGAGGUUACAUACUGGCUUUGAUCAAAAUCUGCCUACAAUUCAUUCUGAAAUGGAACAUAUUCCUAUUGGAUUUGAAAAGAAGCACAUAGGAUACUAUGAACAGCUGCCCUCAACAUCAACUAAAGGAUCAGAACAUCCCAAACAUGAAGAACCAUUUAUUGGCCACAUUCAUGAUUUACAACAAAAUGAAAUUGAAAGUGUGCCAAUAGAGGUUGAAAAUAAGCACGUUGGAUAUUACGAACAUCUUCCUUCAACAACUAGCAAAAAAGAAAAAAAGCCGGGAACUUUAGAAAAAUUAACUAGCCUCUUUAAAGGAAGUAAAACGGAAGGAGAAUUCCCAGUCGAUGCUGAACCUUAUUCUGGCCCUAUAACAUUGACUAAUACCGAUACUGAUAUGACAACUGAACCAAUCCAUUCAAUAGUCAGUAUCUACUCUUCAGGACGUUCUGAUGAGAUUCAUCAAUCAAAAUCAACAGAAUUUCCAAUUAAUGAAACUCCAUUUGUUGAUUAUGUCCCAGAGUCAAAACUUCAAUCUGGGAUUGAGCAUAUCCCUCUGGAUUUGGAAAAGAAGUAUACAGGUUAUUAUGAACACCUGCCUUCAACAUCAACAACAGAAACCUUAGAAUAUUUGAAACAUGAAGAACCAUUUAUUGGCCAUGUUCAUGAGAAUAGUUUUCAAUCUGAAUUGAGUACAUUACCUCUCGUUGUGGAGAAAAAGCACAUCGGCUAUUACGAACAUUUGCCUACAACAAAAACAUCUGAAUAUCCAAAACAUGGAGAACCAUUUAUUGGCCACAUAUAUUCUUUACAACAAAAGGAGGUUGCAAGUGUGCCAUUAGAAGUUGAACACAAACAUAUUGGAUAUUACGAACAUUUACCUUCAACUAAAGAUGAAGAGAAGAAGCCUGGGGCUUUAGAAAAACUAACUAAACUCUUCAAAGGAAGUAAAACGGAAGGAGAAUUUCCUGUUGAUUCUGAGCCUUAUUUUGGACCGCUUAAAGAGACUAAAGUCGUUUCAGAGGCAACAGGAGAACCAAUUCAUUCCUUAGUUAGUGUUUACUCUUCUGGAAGGUCUGAUGAUAUUCCACCAACAGAAUAUCCCAAAGAAGCUCCAUUUAUUGGCUUUAUCCACCAUUCCAAACCUCGAUUAGAAUUGAAUCAACAACCUUUGGACAUUGAAACAAAGCACAUUGGCUUCUACGAACAAUUACAGCAAUCUUCACAUGAUGAAGAGAAGAAGCCUGGAAUCUUGGAAAAAAUGACAAAGCUUUUGAAAGGAAGCAAAAAUGAAGGAGAAUUUCCGUUUGAUUCGGAACCUUAUAUUGGCCCUAUUUCAAAUACUAACACAAUUUCUGAACUCUCAGAAGAGCCAAUUCAUUCUUUAGUUAAUAUUUACUCUUCCGGGCAUUAUAAUGAACAGCAAAGAUUGGAUAAUAUUUCUGAAGCAAAAAUAAAAGAUGAAUUAAUUAAUAUACCCUUGGAUGUUGAAACUAAACAUGUUGGUUAUUACGAAAAUUUAGAGCAACCUCCAACAAUAAUUAAGGAAGAAAUGAUAAUUGAAGAGUCUUUAUUCCAAACUGUUCGAACUUCAGAAAUGAAAGAAUCAAUGCUAGACAGUCAUGUGAAUAUUUAUUCUUCUGGAUAUUCUGAUGAAAUUCAGCCAAUAAAAACUAAGAAAGAAUAUCCUCAAAUUGAAGCUCCUUUCAAAGGAAACGUUUCCGAAUCAAAUCGUCAAUUAGAAAUGGAUUCAUUACCUCUUGAAACAGAAAAGAAGCAUUUAGGUUAUUACGAUCAUUUGCCUAAAACUGAGGAAACAAAGCUUGGAUCUUUGGAUAAACUGACACAAAUCUUUAAAGGAAGUAAAUCCCUCGAAGAAUUUCCCUCAAUUUCUGAGAGAUAUACUGGCCCUGUUAAUAAUACAAACAUAUCUGAAGCUAAAUAUGAACCAAUCCAUUCUCUCGUUAAUGUUUACUCUUCUGGAUAUUCUGAUAAACAACCAACAAUAACUACAAAAUUAUUAGAUUAUCCAGUAAAUCAAGCACCAUUCCUUGGAUACGUUUUUGAAACUAGACAACAAACAGAAUUUAAUUCUUCCCCAUUAGAAGUUGGCAAUAAGUAUAUUGGUUACUACGAACAUUUGCCUUUAACAACAGCAGAAGAUGAGGAAGAAAGGAAGCCUGGUACAUUGGAAAAGCUAAAACAUAUUUUCAAAGACAGCAAAGCCGUUGAACAAUUUCCUUUCGAUCCUGAGCCUUUCAGUGGCCCAAUCGCAAACACCAAAAUCACUUCUGAGGUCACAAUGGAGCCUAUCAACUCAUUUGUCAAUGUUUACUCUUCCGGUCGUUCUGAUGAAGUUUCAGCUUCAACAACAAUUCCAGAAUACCCGAAAAUUGUAUCAGCUCCAUUCCUUGGCACUGUUUAUGAAGUAAAACGACAAGGUGAAUUGACUGUUACUCCAUUGGAGGUGGAAGACAAACAUCCUGGAUAUUACGAACAUCUUCCAUCUUCGACAACUAUCCAUGAAGAAAAGAAGCCAGGAACUCUAGAAAAACUGACAAAACUCUUCAAAGGAAGUAAAACGGAAGGAGAAUUUCCUGUUGAUUCCAAACCAUUUGAUGGAUACAUUGCAAGUACUAGUGUAGCACCUGAAACUCGAUCCGAACCAAUCCAUUCUCUAGUCAGUGUUUACUCUUCUGGGCGUUCAGAUGAAACUCCAACAACAAAAACAUCAGAAUAUCCCAAAACUGAAGCACUAUUUGUUGGACAUAUCCCAGAGACAAAACAUUCCGAUCUCCAUCAUGUUCCAUAUAAAAUUGAAAAGAAGCACAUUGGUUAUUAUGAACAGCUACCCUCAACAUCAACAAAAACAUCAGAACAUCCAAAACUUGAACAACAAUUUACUGGACACAUUCAUUCCACGCGAAGAAAUGAGGUUGAAGAUUUACCAUUGGAAGUUGAAAAUAGGCAUAUUGGCUUCUACGAACAUCUUCCUCUCACAAACCAAGAAGAGAAGAAGCCCGGAACUUUGGAAAAACUAACAAAAUUCUUCAAAGGAAGUAAAUCUGAAGGAGAAUUUCCUGUUGAUUCGGAGCCUUAUUCUGGCCCUGUCAUAUUGACCAAUACUGCUACUAACUUGACAACAGAACCAAUCCAUUCUCUGGUUAGCGUUUACUCUUCCGGACGAUCUGAUGAAAUUCAAAAAACAAAAACAACUGAAUUUCCAAUUAAUGAGGCUCCAUUUGUUGAUUAUGUUCCCGAGUCAAAACUUCAAUCUGGAAUUGAACAUGUACCCUUGGAUUUGGAAAAGAAGUAUAUAGGGUAUUAUGAGCAGCUUCCCUCAACAUCAACAAAAGAAUCAUUUAUUGGUUAUAUUCAUCAAAAUAAACUUCAGCCAGAACUGGCAGUAUUACCCCUCGUUGUGGAGAAGAAGUAUAUAGGCCAUUAUGAACAGUUGCCUACAACAUCUUCAAAAACACAAGAAUAUCCACAACUUGAACAACCGUUUAUUGGCCACGUUCAUUCCUUACAACAAAAUGAAGUUAAAAGUGUGCCAUUGGAAGUUGAACAUAAACAUAUCGGAUAUUAUGAACAUUUACCUUCUAAAGAUGAGGAAGAGAAAAAGCCUGGCACUUUAGAAAAGCUGACAAAACUCAUAAAAGGAGGGAAAACACACGAAGGAUUUCCUGUUGAUUCUGAGCCUUAUAUUGGCUCGGUUGGAGAGUUCAGCAAAAUUUCUGAGAUGAUACCAGAACCAAUUCAUUCUUCAGUCAACUUAUACUCUCCCGGGCAUUAUGAACUUUUGCCAAUUAAAAUGAUCCUCCAAACUUCUCCAGAUAAUCAAGAAAUAAAAAGUGUGCCUCUCGACGAUAAUUUUGUUAAAAUUAAAGAAAUUAAUGGAAUUUCUGAUAAAAAAUCGCUAAAAUCUGAAGAAGGGUUUUUACGAGGAUCUGUUGAGACAAUUGUCCCAGCACCUUUAAAGGAAGAAAUAAAAAUUGAAGAAAAGCCUAUUUUGGAAGAGAAAAAAUUUUUAGCUCUUAGAUUAAACAAAAAUGAGAUUAAAAAUGUUUUGAUUGAAGAUUUUGUCAAAGUUUACAAUAAUGGGUAUUCCUUUGUUAUUAUUGAGGAGAAGGAUAUUCCCUUAAAAAAGGAAAUAAGUGAAGUUAUAACAGCAGAAAAAUUAAUUAAAAAUGUUCAGAACAAAAGUUUUGAGUUGGAUUAUAUUCCAAUUGAAAAAAGUGUUUCUUUGUAUCAUCAUGGAUGGUAUGGAGGAAGACUUGCCGAAGUUGAGGAUGAAAAAGAUGGGAUAGAUAAAAGACAAAUAUUGUCUCAUAUGAAUGGAACAUUGAGCGAUAUUGAACAGAAAAGGGAUGUUAUUGGAAGUGUUGACAAAACCCUCACCAAACCCGAAGAAAACCAAACUGUUGAACCCGUUGAAUUACACGUUCGUAUAAGUGAAUUAAAGAAGAAGCCUAUCAUUCCUGAAGAAAAUGAAAAGAAGAAAUUAAAACAAUUAUCGUUUCCAACAACAUUUCCUGUUAAAGAAACUAAAUUUGAAGAAAGAACUCUUGGAGAAGAUCAGUUACAAAGUAUUUAUGCAAAAGCGGCAUCUUUUAGAGAUGAAAGACUUCCUGUUGCUGCCACCCAAAGAAUGAGACGUCCAAUGGUCAUGAAAAGUGAAGAUCUGAGUAUAGAUUCGAAACCAAAACCACUUCCCCGUACUCAAUAUACUUCACAAUAUUCUGACCAACUCUAUAAAUAUUCAUCACCAGGAUCUAUUCGUAGACCUGUAGGUGCUUCCCCUAGAGGAUGGACAAGUGUAACUGAGGCUACUACAAUUACUUUUGCUAAACGUCAUUCAUUUGAUAGAACAACAGAAGAGGGGAAAGUGCAACAUGUUGUUGAGGACAUAAUUGUCUAUAGACAUGGAGGAGGUGGAAGUGCUGGUCCUGUUCGGCGUAUGCUUCCUCCAGGGCUUCCUAAGGCUCCGGCAACCAAAAAGAAUAUUUUGCCAAGCUCUUAUUUGGAUGAACGUUAUCAUAAUAUUAGUCAACGCUACAAUUAUUACAGAAGCCGUUCCCAAGAUCAGGAACAAAGAGGGCAACGAAAACACGAUAAAUGGUUACAGACUGAUCCAGAAGAAUUAAUGGAAUUAAACAACGUUCCCUUUGAACACACUUCUCGAAGUGUGGGAAGAACAACAACAACAGAAAAAAGAAGUCAUCAUUUACGUACUUAUCGUUCAUAUUCCUCACACCUUUAUGACAGGUUGAAAGAUUUUUUAAAAAUUAAAAAAAAUUUAACUAGGCAUGCUUAUGCCCGAGACUAUAGCAGUCCAAGAAGGAGUUGUGAUGCAAGUCCAGAAACAUUUGCUUAUCGUACUGAACGCUCUACACAUUCAUUGGGAAGAUUAAAUGAUGAUUCUCCAAUGCGGAGUGGCUUUCCACGCGCCACAACCGCGCCAAUUGCAACACAAACACCACCACUCCAACAACGUCGUACUUUUAUGAACUAUGAAAGUUCCAUAAACAGGCAACAAGCCCCUGAUCAAUCGCCUAGGAUGCAGAAGCAACUCAUAGCGCAACGUUCCAAUAUCGAAGAGACACCUCUUUCAGUUUACUCGCAAAAUGGAGUUGAUGAAACUCGAACAACAAUACAACAUUCAAAAACCCUGCCAUUAGAAACGCGUAUACUUCCCCCAGGCAUUCAUACACCUCCCCCACCUCUUCCACACUUUUCAACAAUAAAUGGUGGAAGUCAUGAAAUAGACGAAAUUAAACAUGAGAAACAGGGAGGAAGUCGAAGAACCUCCCGAGCUUCCUUGCGCCAAGCACGGCAACGUAUCCGAAAUUAUUGUGGGGUGCUAUAA